AUGGGAAAGGUACAUUGGAAGAAGUUGCCAACAUCCAAUCUCUGGGACGGCAAUGGCUUAGGAGGGUCCCAGAAGGCUGAAGUUGCCUAUUUGGACAAGAUGAGGCGAGAAAAUCCCGCAUUUGACUACGAUGAGGUAGAUGUCACCAGGUUCCUCUCCAGUCAGUUCCAAGUAGGCGACUACGUUGAUGCCUUGGAUCCGCAUGGCCAGAGCAACAGCUACUCCAUGGCCAAGAUCCUUCAGACACCCAAUCCUACAGAAACCGACGAUACUGAAAUGAAAUGGCUGGUGGAAAGCAAAGACACUGGCAUCACCUUUCAUGCCAAGUGCGUGAGGCAUGCUGCACAUGCUUUGGAGGAGCUUCACCAAUUCCUUGGGACUGAUUUUCUCAAGAAGAUCUUCGAAGAUGCUUUGAAAAUGAAUGUCAAAUCAAUCAAAGCUGCAAGGCUUCCGUCUGGCAAGCCAUCACUAGCCGUUCAAACUGAUGUCACGACAAUUCAAUCGGCACAAGACCUGAGGGACAGGGUCCUCAGGUACGACUUGGACAUCCUUCUCAACCGAACAUUGGCAGAGCGAUGUCAAGGUGAUGUGGAGCUGGCAGUUGACCAGACCGUGUUCUUUGAUCAGUAUGCCAAAAGUCUUUUGACACUAUCAGAAUUGACUAACCACCAAAAGCAGAAGUUAGAUGAGCUGCUCAACCAUGACGGGGGUUUGCAGGAUAUCCAUUUGUCUGCCCCUGCUGGAUCGGGGAAGACCUUCUUGGCUGUGCACUAUUUGCUGACGAAGAUCAAAUUAGAUGAUCAACGACAGGUUUUGUAUAUUGCGCCCUCGCGUCCGCUCAUUCUGCACUUCAUACGAUGGGUCAUCAUGAAUGCUGCAUCCCAGCUGCCCUCAACAUCACCAGAGGACUUGCUGAAGAGAUUCGCCUUCAUGCAUCGACCGUAUGAAUGGCACAUGACUGCGAGUCUACAAGGCUCCCGCAUAGUUCUGAAGGAAAUGAGGGCUCAGCCCAAAGAUGCAUUUCUUCUCGCAAUUUUUGAUGAGGCACACGAGAUGUUCAAAUGGAACAGUGAGUUGUUCGAGAAGGUAAACGCUGUGCAAAAGAUGCUUCUGUCCGACAUUUCACAGUCUUCCUUCUUGCAUCACAAGUUCCCUCAUAUGUUUCAAUCCAGUCUCAGCGAAAUAGUGAGAAGCACCAAGAGAAUUAUGCACGGUGCAAGUGCCUUCCGACUUCACAAGAAUGAUUUGAUCAGCUGCAUUGGCACCACUGGACCCCCUCUGAAGACGUUUCUUUUUGAGAUGUCAAGUGGCAACAAAGAUGAAGAGUACCAGGCGUACGCCAAGCAGACCUUAGAUGCAUUGUGGCACACCAUGAAAACAUACCCAAGUCUUCGUGGAAAUCAUAUCGCACUGCUGGUGCCGGACAGGAGGUUCCGAGAAGAAUUCAAACAUCAUUUGUCCAGGCAUCUGGAAGCAGAGUUUGCUCCCGCUCGAACGUUUUCCCUGGUCUCGUUCGAAGACACUCUCGAGUUCAUUCCUACAGCUUUUCAAGGAGACUGUGGAGAGGACACUCUCAUUCUGGAUUGGGACGAAAAUGCGAAAGGCCUUGAACACUUGGUGGUGCUGUGUAUCGGGCUGGACGCAGAAAUCGAUUCUACCACGGACAAUCUGACACGGUCUCGGCUCUACCAUGCAAUAACACGUGCCCAGCUGCAAGUGCUUGUAGUGAACAGGUUACUCCAUGGUGGGUGGCUUGAGUUCUUGGCCACCUUGAAGCUGAAGUCUGAAAUCUUCGAGGAUUCAGGUGCACAGUCGGAGAUCCGAAUGGAUGCAGCUUCGAGAGUUGUAGAACUUGCCGGACGAACUGAGCAUGGUCCACAAGUGGAAGGUCCCCACAAG